CGUCCUCGCGCGCGUUUAUUCGUUAUUUGUCAAAUCAAAACAGCAACUUGUUAACUUGUGAGGCGAUAUUUAGCGCUGCAUUUAGCAUUGCACGACAGAAACACGAACUUUAUUGUUUGUCGUUAUUUUGUAUUUUUCACGCGGCCACCGUCGCCUCGUGAGGCGACCUCGGCCGCAGCGCGCGCGGCGCGCCUCGCCGCCACGCAGUUUACAACAACAACCACAACAACAACAAUCACAACAACAAUCACAACAACCACCACAACAACCACCACAACAACAAUCACAACAACAACCACCACAACAACAAUCACAACAACAACCACCACAACAGCCACCACCACAACAAUCACCACAACAACCACCACAACAAUCACCACAACAAUCACCACAACAACCACCACCACAACAGCCACAACAACCACCACCACGAUUGCUCUCUUUGUGUCAUUAGUCAUUGGCACCAGCAGAAGGACGAGAGAGACUUUCAAGUCGUCGUUGUGGGAAUAAUUUGACAUUUAGAACGGCGACGGCGCCGCCGCCGGCAUCUGCAAUGGCCAGGAGACAGCAGACGAGAGACUUAUCUGACAUGACGUUCGACAUGAAAACCGGCGUCGUUCUGGCCCAGCCUGGCACCCAGGAAAACAUUAAAGAGAAGGUGAAUGCGGUUCGCACUAUCGUCCCAAACAGAAGCAAGAACGAGGUGGUGCUGAUUCUGCAAUACUUUGACUACAGCGUGGACAGGGCGGUCCAGGCCUUCCUGGAAGAUGAAGUCGCCGAGAUUUUUAAAGAGUGGAACAUCUCCGGGAAAAAAAAGAACUCGAGGAAGAAGCAGCCCAGGGGUCAGGCACAACGAGCAAACGCUUGGCGUGAGGGCGCUCAAUUGGACGUAGCCAAGACAGGCCUGGCCGGCACAGAGGGGCCUGUGGCCACGGCGGGAGGGCCGGGCACGCGGGCGACUCCACUCACCGCGACGGAUUCAGAGCCCGCAUUGUCGUGCGCCGCCUCCGAGGAGAACGCCUCACGAGACGGGCGCGACGAGGAGCUCGCGGACUCGCAGCAGCAGCAGGGACGCACGACGUCUCCUCCCGCAGGCAAAGUCGACCCCUCGCAAGAGAGAGGACGAAGGGACGUGGGCCUGCAGCAGAGUGGUGACAUUAACGAGGGGCCCCUUCCCGGGGCGAAGCACGGGCCCCCAGCGACGUCUAAAUUCAGCCGCCCCCAAAGCACGGGGCCACAGACCGCUCCCUCUCAUUGCGAGGAGCCUCCGGGCCCUGCUUCCAGGAACAGCAAGAAAGGUGGUAGCAGCAUAGAAAAAUCAGUGAAAGAUCUCCAGAGGUGUGCAGUGUCGCUCUCCCGAUACCAACUGCUGGUUCAUGAGGAGAUGGAUGCCUCUGUCAAGAAGAUUAAAAAGACGUUCUCAGAAAUACAACAAUGCCUCAUGGACAGGGAGGUAACAGUCCUCUCAGAACUGGACAAAGUAAAACGAGAAGCCAUGACGUUUCUAGAAAACAGACAAAGGAUGGCGUCAGAGCUGAAGAAGCAGUGCGACCUGUCGGCGAGGCUGUCCGAGGCGCAACUUGGCGAGCUCCGAGCCAAUAUAAAGCUCUUUGUGAGUGAAAGGAAAUACGACGAAGAGUUGGGGAGAACGGCACGAUUCACCUGUGACCUGCCGACCAUCGUACAAGCAAUGGAAACCUUUGGUAAAAUUUCUCACCCGAGGACCGGUUGGAGGGACAAUCCUCGCCAUGGAUCCGAGUCCUCAGCAUCCAGCCACUCGGCUCAGUUUGGCUCCAGCGACGUUGGGGAAUUCUCGGAGGACUCGAGGAUUAAGCCCCCCGCUGUUCAACCCGUGCCAGCAGAAACAAGAGCAAGUACACCAUACCAGGCUUCUGGAGACAAAGUGAGGGACCGGCACCAUUUUCAAGGGAAAACCAUUUACAACUCCAACCAGCAAUACAGGGGUGACUGGAAAGGGCAUGACCACAACGGGCCACAAGGCGACCCAAGGUUCAGGCAUGGAGCAUUAUACAGGCAGCAUGGUCACCGGGGGCGGGGCAGGAGGGUACCUGACAGCAAGGAGCACCACCGUGCCCAGUCCUGCACCAGUGCCCAGUCCUGCACCAGUGCCAGCGAGCCACACGACAGGCCCUGCCCAGCAGCAGUCGGAGCGGCAGGAAACGAGGGAUCGAGCCUGCUGCCGGUCGGCAGGCUCGGAGAGACGACGGAUGGUGGUGGAGGUGGCGGUGAUAUCUGCGCCUCACGGCGUAAGCCUCUCUACCGGCACACUCGACGAUGCCCCGCCGUGGACAGCGCCCAUGCCCGCGAGGUCGCCUUAGACAGCCGCCUUCAGUGCAAGGAUUGAGGCGCUCACAGCCACUUCCAUGGAGCUCGCGUGAACACGGGCUGCUGCGAGUCGUGUCGGGAAGCCCUCUCAACUCCCAAAAAAAUACAACCUGGACAUGUGGCAUGCCAGUGUUUGAACAUUCUCCUGAUUUGGAUUCUAGAAAACACAACUGUAAAACGUUGUUGUGGUGGUGGUGGUAACUAAUUGACAUUUAUUGUCAAUGUUUUUAUCUCAGGACCAGCUUUUGACUUCAUUUUCUGCUAAAACAAAUUCAGUGGCUUGGCAAAGUAUUUCACUUUUGUUCAGUGAAAGCGGUACAUUGCACUACCUUGUAGGAUCAUCAUCAGAGCAAGUCUUGCACAAAAAAGGAAAAUGUUAAUAUUUCCAUAGCAAAUAUUACCCUUGAGGACUCAUACCUUAUUGUAUGUUUUAUUGUGUAAUGCCAAAAUUGUAAAAGAAAAUUCAAUCAAAAAGCACUACUUUUGCUGACAAGUGCCUUGCGGUGUGAAACUGUUCAAUAGUUUACUGUUUUUGUUUUGUGUGUCACUGUAGAAGGAAAUGCAGCAACUUCUUUUUUGUAAACGACUCUUAGUUGUACAUUCAUGAGAAAUGCAACAAUUGUGUCAAGAUUCAACAAAAUGCCCUUUGUACAUUAGCUGCAAUAUGCACGUUUUCAAUUUCGGUUCAUUAGAAGUUAAUGUUGCCAAUUUCCUCCGAAUAUUGGUUUAACAUCAUCAGGAGCUGCAAUUUCAAGUCAGUCGCUUGAUCCGAUAGGUCAGCUUGGUGUUGUAGAGUGCCAUCGUUUACAGAUAUUCCAUUUAAUGAGCUGCAAUUAAACUAACUCCUGGAUAUGUCCGAAACCAGCACUCCACCAAACCCAGUGUGGCCUGUUGUGCCAUUUCAAGCAAAUAAUGACUGCUCUCUUUGGGAAAUAAAUAGUUGAAAAGUCUCCACGAUAAACACUCGAGAGGCAGUGAGUAGGCACUGGCUUUAGGAAAUGGAAUAAAACCAUAUAACACCACAACAAGGGGAUACCAUGACCACAUUUAUUUAAGUUCAAAUAACAAAUGCGCCAAGUUUGAUAUUUUGGGUUUGCACCUUGUGUGUUUUUCUUCGAGAGAAAAUAAAACUUCUGAUGCUCUUCUCAGAUAUACUGCUCAGAGUUUCAACGGUACCAGUAUCAAUGUUUGCUUAAUAUUGUUUAAUAUUACAGGCAAAUAAAUGUUUAUUUUAAGACUGUU